UACGUCAAAUCAAUUUCCAAUUCAUUUAUAAAAUAGUUAAAUAAUCAUAAAGAAAAUUUAGCAAAAAGUAGUUUGUAGUGACAAUGCUCAGUUGGAGCUGUUGUAAAUAAAACUUAAUUAAUCCUUUGUGUUAUUUCUAAGGUGCUUCUAAGGUUGAUGGAUCGAAAGCAUGAGCCAUGACAGUAAUCUUAGCUGAAUAAUAACUUAAUCGCUACGUGAUAGGCCGGUGCAAACUGUAUAAGGACAAAUACUUGUUGAAUGCGGCAAUAGCUUCGUUCAAAUUAGAGCCAGUCUUAAAAUAGUUGUGUUCAAAUGAAGCGCUAGAAACCCAACACGACGUGCGCGGUUUCAUUGCACUACCACAUAUGCAGUUCAGAGUACGAAAUGAUUUUCUAAUACAAAUAUAUUCACCACAGCGCAGCCGUAACCAUCGUCAAUACAUAACUCAGCGAGCUAAGUGAACGAGUUUCCACUGUCGCUGCAGUCGUUUCUUAAGCUCUCUUCAAGUCUGCUUAAAUAGUUGGCUGCUGCCACAUUGUAAUAACCUGCGUAAGCCACUAUCGUUGACAGCGACAACAGACACUUUGUUGGAGCUGCUGGAGUCAGACGUAAGUUAUCGUCGUUCCGUGGUUGUCUUUGCCGUUUUUCAGUUACUAAAUCAAAUUUAAUUAAUAUAACGUCGUUUGGAUUUAACUUAACCAGCGUUGUGCGUGUCCAGUCAAUUAAAUAUCUGUGAAAAAUAAACCAGUAGUGAGUUUCCAAGUUAAAUUGGAAAAAAAAAAAUAAUAAUAAUAAUAAGCUUGGCUUAAAAUCAAUGAAAACAAAAGCGAGUGACAUGUUUCCUCCUAAAAAUAUUUAAAGAUAUACUAUAUACAUAUAUAUAAUACUGAAGUCGAUAACAUAUACAGGACCUAUCGGGCGAUUCAUAAUCAUACCCAAAAUUUAUAUAUUAUAUUAAAACAAAAAAGUGUAAAUCAAUGAAGCAAACAAAUUUUAUUUAAUAAACCUCUUGACUUGACAAAGUUAAUGAUCAACAAUAAUACAAAAGUAUUUAAAAACGCAUACGAAAGUGUUUUCAAAAGUGCUAAUUUAUAAUUCAAAAAUCGUUGUUAAUUUAACAGUUAAUUUACAAAAAAAAAAUCACAUAAAAAUGGCCUGUUUAAGCACUUCCGGUCGUAAAGGACUUAACGUGGUCGUCGGUACACGGAACCAUCAAACGCAAAAACAUCUCUGCAAAUUGUUUUGGCAACAAAAAAUUAGCAGAUCCUUUUGCUCAAACGCAGCCAUUGCUGCUGCGUUACUGUGCAAAAAUAAUGCGAACAGCAUGUCCUCGCUUUUACCACAACGCAACUUCCACGGAGUGGGCAUAUUAUUGCAACGUAACACGGCCAUAACAACAGGACAGGAUUAUUUUGCCAAUAUGCACACAAAUACAGCUUGCAACAGCAGCAGCAGCAGCAGCCCCACCAGCACAACAACCACUGGCAGCCCAAAUAUAAAUAAUAAAAGCUCAAAUUCUACAAUAAUAACAAGAAAUUGCCGCCAAUACAGCUCGGUGCACACACAACAGCCGGCUGGUCCCGUGCGAGAGAUCCAAAUCGAUCCGUACAUCAUACUCGAAGACGACCUGAAGUAUUUCUACGAUGACGUCAGAGACCUCCUGCGGCAGGGCACGAGUCAGACGGAACUCGAUAAGAUCGCCUCGUACUACUUCGACGGCCAGGGCAAAGCGCUGCGGCCAAUGGUUACCAUGCUGAUGGCCAGAGCGAUCAACUACCAUUUGAAUAAGGAAUCAAGCAAUUUAGUGAACAAACAACGUUUCAUCUCGCUCUUCUCGGAAAUGGUCCACUCGGCAAGUCUGGUGCAUGACGAUGUCAUCGAUCAAUCGGAUAUUCGUCGCGGCAAGCCAAGCGUGAACGCGCUGUGGAAUCACAAAAAGGUUACAAUGGCUGGUGAUUAUGUACUUUCCAUAGCUUCGAUUAUGAUUGCUCGUCUCAAGAGCGAUGAUGUGACAAUUAUUCUAAGUCAGAUUUUAACCGAUCUGGUUCAAGGCGAAUUCAUGCAACUUGGUUCAAAGGAAACUGAAAAUGAACGAUUCGCGCACUAUUUAACGAAGACAUACAGGAAGACGGCCUCGCUCAUAGCGAACGCGCUGAAAGCGACGGCUGUAAUCGCUGAUGCAGAUGAAAACAUCGCCGAAUUGGCAUUCCAAUAUGGACGUAAUGUGGGCUUAGCGUUUCAACUGGUCGACGAUAUGCUGGACUUUGUCUCAACCGCCGAAACAAUGGGUAAACCAACGGCAGCCGAUCUGAAGUUGGGCCUCGCCACAGCGCCGGUGCUCUUCGCAUGCGAAAAGUAUCCCGAACUCAAUCCGAUGAUAAUGCGCCGUUUCAGCGAACCCGGCGAUGUUGAACGUGCCUUCGAACUAGUCCACAAAUCGCACGGACUCGAACAGACGCGCUUCUUGGCCAAGAAACACUGCAUCGAAGCGAUACGAUUGGCGCAGGAGCUGACCGAGUCGCCAUACCAGAAGGGUCUGCAAGUGGUCGCGGAUUUAGUCAUUAAUCGUAUGAAAUAAUAGCUUAAGUUACGGGUGCAGGGGGCAGCUGGUGCAACAUAUAAUAGUGCAACAUAACAUAAAACACAAAAAUUAAAAAAAAAAAAAAAA